AGGUAUUUAUUUUUUUAUUAUAAAAAUGUCAUAAUCUGCAAAGAUCAACAUUUAUCUUUUGGACUGUAUACAUUUAGGAAAGACACAGUAUCAAAAAAAAAAUUCAAGUUUCCCCUGAAUAAAUAUGGCACUGACAAUCAAGGCAUCCAAAAAGUCUUGUUUGUUCUUCACUCUGUCAGGCCUGUGGCCUGUUGCUGCUUUUCCCUGUGCUCUUAUCAGUGUCCACUCCUCAAACAACACAGACCUCCCGUGAUUUAGCAUUUGUGAAUUUUCUCCCUCCCAGCUGGACUGCGGUCAGUUGGUGUAGCUACACCUGCACCGCAGCGGGGCUUAUAGGAAGUCAGCUGUGUACUAUCUGAUUCAGGGUCUGCAGAGCUGUAUUUUGAGCCUUUUACACCUCGGAGUUAAGCAAAGCGAGGCCCGCCAUUUCCCCACCUCAGUGCUCUUUUUCUUUCACAGCGAGCAGCGGCGGCAGCGGCAGGAGGAGAAGGAGGAAGAGGAAGAGGAAGAGGAGGUGGAGCGGCGGCGGCGGCAGUAGCAGCGGCGGCGGCGACUGGAGGAGCGGCGGAGGCAGGCAGGAGAGGAGACGCAGGGAUCCGGUGUGCCACAUCGGGAUGAGAGCGACACAGAGACCCGGGUCGGAUGAGUCAGCGAGUGGACUUUGCAUCCCUGAAAUCUGAAUGCAUUUGGACGGAAGCGAGCGGCGCAACAAGAAAGAAACAAAUUAACAUUUUUUGAUUGUUGUUGUUAGAUUCCGCUUCUCUUUAUUCCGCCCUCCUCUGGUCCGCGUCUGCCAUAGCCUAGGUUUGAUUUUUAUUUCCACCAAGGUGGGAAAGAAAGGGGGGCUCCGGUAAGGUUGCGGAGGAGGUGGAGGUUUUAUUUUAUUUUUUAUUUUGAAGCUCACAUCCGAAGAUAACCCGAGGCGAAGCUCACAUUUUUUAAAGUCUUUUGUUGCAUUGAGUGAGCGAAGAUGUCGGGGCAGAGCAUUACGGACAGGAUAACUGCAGCCCAGCACAGUGUAACGGGAUCCGCCGUGUCGAAAACUGUUUGCAAGGCCACCACUCACGAAAUAAUGGGCCCGAAAAAGAAACAUUUGGAUUAUUUGAUCCACUGCACCAACGAGAUGAACGUCAACAUUCCCCAACUGGCGGACUCGCUGUUUGAGAGGACCACCAACACCAGCUGGGUGGUUGUGUUUAAGUCACUCAUCACCACACACCACCUCAUGGUCUAUGGCAACGAGCGUUUUGUCCAGUACUUGGCUUCAAGGAAUACACUUUUCAACCUCAGUAAUUUUUUGGACAAAAGUGGGUUACAAGGUUAUGACAUGUCCACAUUUAUCAGGAGGUAUAGUCGAUACCUGAAUGAGAAAGCUGUUUCAUACAGACAGGUUGCCUUUGACUUCACUAAAGUGAAACGCGGAGUGGACGGCGUAAUGAGGACCAUGAAUACAGAGAAGCUACUCAAGACUAUCCCCAUUAUUCAGAACCAGAUGGACGCUCUUCUCGAUUUCAAUGUCAAUGCCAACGAGCUGACUAAUGGAGUCAUCAAUGCAGCCUUCAUGCUCCUCUUCAAAGACUCCAUCCGGCUUUUUGCUGCUUACAAUGAAGGCAUCAUCAACCUGCUUGAGAAAUACUUUGACAUGAAGAAGACUCAGUGUAAAGAAGGUUUGGACAUUUACAAGAAGUUUCUCACCCGAAUGACUCGGAUAUCAGAGUUCCUCAAAGUAGCAGAGCAGGUGGGAAUCGAUCGAGGCGACAUUCCAGACCUUUCACAGGCUCCCAGUAGCCUUCUCGAAGCUCUGGAGCAGCACUUGGCCUCUUUAGAGGGCAAGAAGGUCAAAGACUCCACUGCAGCCAGCAGGGCCAGCACUCUGUCAAAUGCAGUCUCAUCGCUGGCCAGCACGGGGAUGUCUUUCACUAAAGUGGAUGAGCGGGAGAAGCAGGCAGCUCUCGAAGAGGAACAGGCCCGACUCAAAGCUCUGAAGGAACAGAGGCUUAAGGAGCUCUCCAAGAGGCCCUCCUUCGCUACCACUGAUACAUCACCUAUCUCCACCACCGGAGGCACGAUCAGCACAGCACCAGCCAUCGACCUCUUCUCCACACCCAGCUGCUCGAAUGGUGCGGUGAAGAUGGAGAGUGACCUUUUUGACCUGCAGUCAACUUUCCAGCCCUCCAUGCAAUCGGGCUCAACAGGGCUUCCAGUGGCAACAGCGUGGGCAGAUCCUUUCACCUCUGCUGAAGCUGGAGAUGAUUCCAUGCCAAACCUCAACCCUUUCCUCUCAAAACUCGUUGUCGAUGCCACUCACUUACCUGUCGUGUCUUCAGACGGUGUUAGCUUUCCCUCUAGGACACCUGGUCAUGAAAUGUUUGGUGAUCGUUACAAUCCCUUUAUUGACACAAACUCAUCCGUUUCAACCAAUUACAAACGCACAGUGCGGAUAGAACACUCCAUCUCAGACUCCUUCUGUGGUCCAGUGUCCAUUGCCCAGCACCUCCCACACCAGGCUCCCUUCCCCUCUGAGCCCUCUACUGUAGCAGGUCUAUUCAGAGGAUACUCAACACCACAGGGCCCUCCGCAACAGUCAGCAGGGGGACUCCAAGUGGACUUUGAGUCAGUUUUUGGAGCCAAAGCCACAGGCAGCAACAGCGUCAGUUCUGAUGAUAUUACUGGGGGCAUCCUGAAACCGACUCUUGCCGGCUCCAACCAGCCGUCCAGUCAGCAGCCAGAGAAGCUGGUGUCAGAUGACCUUGACUCCUCCCUGGCUAACCUUGUCGGCAACCUUGGCAUUGGAAACGGCACAAUGAAAAAUGACAUCCACUGGAGCCAGCCGGGGGAGAAGAGAAUGACCGGUGGCACCAACUGGCAGCCCAAGGCGGCGCCAACCACGACCUGGAACCCCGUCUCCAUGCCGCCGUCAAUCAUGGCCUUCCCUGCCACCACACCCACAGGCAUGAUGGGAUAUGGAAUGCCUCCACAAAUGGGCUCCAUGGGGAUGAUGAAUCCGCCAACUAUGAUGUACACCCAGCCUGUGAUGAGGCCACCCAACCCCUUUGGCUCUGUGUCUAGUGCUCAGCCCUCCGCAGCCUCUAGUCCUUCCAGCCAGAGUCCUCUCCGAGCCCCUGGACAGGACCCGUUUGCACACCUCUCUCUCAAGGAUUUCUUGUAGAGCAUCUCUUUAGAUGCAGUUCAUGUAAUUUGAAGAAAAGUGUCUCUCGGAAGAUGAAGCACUUAGCAGCAAAGCUUUGUCCUCGUUGCAGUCUAACUCUUCAGAGAAACAUUCACACACCCCCAAAUACAGACAUGUCAAGAACACAAUGGUACAACGACUGUCAGAAACCAUGGUAACCAUGUCCAAAUGACGUUUGGCGAUAGCUCACACCCAUUAUUCUGUAACUUGUCCGAGACGUCGAGUGAUGCUGCUGUCUAACCCCCUUAAGAGGAUUCCUUAUCCAUUUUACAGUGUAAUCUGUAAAGAUAGUUUUGGGUGCUGAGAAACUUUGAUGUUAUGUAUUUGGAAAAUACUGUGGUUGGAUGUAAAGGCUUGAUGUUCAGCAGUGAGGCGGUGGAAGAAAAAGGAGAGCAGUCCUUCCCUUUCUUGAUCCGAUCAUCAGUCAUCCAUUCCCUACAGUUAUUUAACUGUCACUAAGUAGUGAUGCUAAUGACGUUUACACCUGUUUAGUUUUUGUCUUUUUUACCGUGUUUACAGUAGACAUUCCUUGUGUGUUGUUUGUAUUUAUUUAUGAUUAUUGGUUUAAGAUUGGGGAAAAUAAUAAUGUAAAAUCUACAGUACAUUGAACACCUGUGGGAGUGCUUCAGCAUUAAACAAGGAUCUCUGACUAUCAUUGAGAGGUAGAGUUAAAAAUAGCUGUUAUAUAAAUUACACCUAUUAAGCGGAAUGAUAGAGCACUAAAUAUUCUGAGUUUUGUGUUAAGAAAUUUUUUUACUAGAUGAAAGAUUUCACAAUCUCCAUUGUACUUCAAGUGCAGGGGUUAGAGUAUGAGUCAGUAAACAGUAUAUAGUCGAUUCUGUGCCUAGGGUUUUUUGCAAUGGAUCAGUUUCCUGUCUUGUUGAGAAACACUUCAUCCACGAAUCUGAAUCGUCGCACUGGGUGGUGGGCUCCAUUUGCUUUAAGCUUGGCAUGCCAUUGACUCACUGACCGUAUUCAAGGCUGCCGUUACUCUGAAUGUGAAAGAGUUGUCUUCAUGUUGCACACAUCUUUCCACACUACAGUUCCUCAGUGGGAGUUGGGGGAGGGGAGGGGGGGGUUUAUGAGAGGAUGGAGUGUGUCUGCUUGCUGGUUAGCUAGUCGCUACGCUAAUGGGAGAAUGGGUCACAGAAUUGAUGUAAAUUUAAUUGUAUAAAAGAACCAGAGGACCGGGUUGGAGUGGAGGAGCGCUGUUGAUCGGCGCUCUGUGUAUAUAAAAACUGACUGUUCUUUGAGUGCAAAAGUGAAAGAUGUAUGAAAUAUGAAAGCAAUUCAAUCAAAUUUGACUCUACCUAAGUUUGAUUCAGGAUACUCUCUGCGUUUGUCUCCGCAGAUAUUUUUCUUUAUGUAAUUAGAACGUGUAGCAGACAAUGACUGAAGUCUUUUCUUUCUUUUACAAAUAAAGAGCAGCUUCCACAAACUGUUGCA